GCUUCUACAAUGAAACACACAAAAAAGAGAAAAUGGUGAGCACACAGAGAACUUUGAGCUUGUUGGUUUUGUGUUUCCUUGUGGGAACGAUGUUAGUGAAUGGUCAGAGUGCAAACAACGUUAGGGCAACAUACCACCUUUACAACCCUCAGAAUAUUAACUGGAACUACAACACUGCCAGUGUUUACUGUGCUACAUGGGAUGCCAACCAGCCCUUGUCAUGGCGUCAAAAGUAUGGCUGGACUGCCUUUUGUGGACCCCAGGGCCCUCAUGGCAGAGACUCUUGCGGCAAGUGCUUGAGGGUGACAAAUACUGCAACUGGAGCUCAGGCAACAGUAAGAAUAGUGGACCAAUGUGCCAAUGGUGGGUUAGACUUGGAUGUGAAUGUCUUCAAUCAAAUUGAUACCAAUGGACAAGGUUACCAGCAGGGUCACCUUACGGUUAACUAUGUCUUUGUUAACUGUUAAAUAAUGCGAAUUAAUCACUCUUUGUGAUGAUAAUAAGUUAAACUACUGUCUAAUAAUACCAUAAAUAAAACAAGCGGUGCUACACGUAACUUGGAUGAAUAUAUAUUCUCGUGUGUCUUGUUCUUAUUCAUUUA